UGACACUGUGGAUAUCGUUUUGCCUAAUCUUUUCUCAUGUCGUUUUGUAAUGUUCUUGUCGUAAUAACGCUAUUGUUGUAACACUAUUGUUGUAUUCCGCUAGUAUUAUAUAAUGAAAAAAGCAUCGACUUUCCAAGAAGUAAAAUCACUUUUAUCAGUGAGUUUUUGCUGUUAAUACUUUGUUACCACACACAACCUGCUCAUGUUAUUCAUUACUUAUCUGAAAUGCUCGUGUAAUAACGCUUUUGUUCUAAUUACCGUGUAACUAAUUGUAUUGGAGAAAUCAUACAGCAAAGUAUUUUACCAGAGAGAGACAUUUUUUCGGACACUUACUACAUCUUAAUAUCAACAUGGAAGAAAUAUGUGGAAGGACACCUAAUACUAAACUUUACUUUUGCGAUGGUUAUACUUACUACAAAGAUUCUCGUAAUACAAAUAUUCUACGAUGUAGUACUCGUCGAUCGUCCCUAUGCUCUGGUGUUCUUAAAGUUGAUAAUAAUGGCAAAAUACAUUUAGUCCAAGAUCAUAAUCAUAUUAAGAUGCCAUGUAAAGCAAAGCAAGUUAUCAUGAGACAAGAAAUGUUGCAACUUUGUCGAAACUCAUCUUUAUCUUUGAAAGAAAUAUUCGAUACUGUUUGUAGAAAAUAUCCUGAAACAGCCGUCACAUUGUCAUAUGCAUCAAUGAAAUCUAUAUUAUAUCGUGAAAGAAUUAAACUUCGUCCAAAUUUACCAAAAGAUAUGGAGACUCUUAUUAUGAAUAUGGCAACAUAUAUACCUCUUGAAAAAUUUUACAAAGGAUAUGUAACCUGCAGUGAUGGAAAGAAAGCAUUAAUAUUUACAAGUCAUGAAUUGUUGCAAGAAUUGCAAAAAUCAACAGAACUUUAUAUGGAUGGCACUUUUAAUAUUGUUCCACGUGUACCAUUGAUGAGUCAAAUGUAUACGAUACAUAUCCGAUACAUGAAUGUUGGCAUUGCUAUGAUCUUCAUCCUGUGUGAAAGUCGUUCUAGUAAUAUGUAUAGAGCUAUUUGGAAGAAAAUUAUGGAGUUAGUGCCAAUGCUUCAACAAAAUAUAAAAUUUUUAAUGAGUGAUUAUGAAGUAGCAGCCUUGAAAGUGAUAAGUGAACAAUUUCCAGAAGCAGAAGCACACGGGUGUUGGUUCCACUAUAAUCAAGCUCUUUUGCGUCAUUGGCAGCAAUUAGGAUUAAUACAUGCACCAAGAAACGUUUUAUCUAUGACAAUGACAAUGGCAUUGAUUCCUUCUUCUUGUUUUGAGCAAGCUCUUGCCCUUAUACAACUUGAAGCUAAUAAAAUUUCUUCUAAAUAUCCUACUGUCAAUGAUUUUUUAACUUAUGUACGCAAGACUUGGUUACCAUUGGCAUCCAAAGUUAGUGUUUUUGAUUGCCCUGCAAGAACAAACAACGUAACAGAGAGUUUCCAUAAUGUAGCUGGAAAAAAAUUCGGCAAAGCUCAUGGAAACGUUUGGAAUUUCUUAGAUAAUCUUCGCAAAUUAAUAAUUGAUGAAGAACUAAAACUAAAACGUCUAAAAACAACCGAAACAGGUGGACAUCGUGUAAGUAUCAGAAACAGAAGGCGAGAUUAUAAAAUACGUGAAGCUCAAAGAAAUUUUACAUUUGGUAGGUAAGUUAAUAAUUAUUUUCUUGAAAUACCGCAAGUAAUUGGUAAAGCAAUAUUGUACAC